CUGAACUACUGAAAGAUCCAGGUGUUGCCAGGCGCUAAGUUUUGCAGCCAGUGUCCAUGGGGUCGGCUAGAUUAGGGUAGAGGCCUGGGCUUGGGAGUGCAGCGAGCGCAGAAAUAUCUGAGAAACUAGAGCAUAAAGCCAUGCGGAUGAAUUGUGGUCCUCAGAGGCUCCCGUACUCUUCAGCGGCGCUGGCUUCCCCAAGCUCCGCCCUCUCGCCCAUCCGGAAACAGCCUCGCCCCGCCCACGUAGGACCUGCCCGCAGCAGCGAGACGUGCACUCCUCCAGCGGCAGCUGCAUGUCGUGCCAAUGGCACGCUACGAGGAGGUGAGCGUGUCCGGCUUCGAGGAGUUCCACCGGGCUGUGGAAGAGCACAAUGGCAAGACCAUUUUCGCCUACUUUACGGGUUCAAAGGACGCCGGAGGGAAAAGCUGGUGCCCCGACUGCGUACAGGCUGAACCAGUCGUACGAGAGGGGCUGAAGCACAUCAGUGAAGGAUGUGUGUUCAUCUACUGCCAAGUAGGAGAAAAGCCUUAUUGGAAAGAUCCAAAUAAUGACUUCAGAAAAAACUUGAAAGUAACAGCAGUGCCUACACUACUUAAGUAUGGAACACCUCAAAAACUGGUAGAAUCUGAGUGUCUUCAGGCCAACCUGGUGGAAAUGUUGUUCUCUGAAGAUUAAGAUUUUAUGAUGGCAAUCAUGUCUUGAUUUCCUGAUUUGUUCUAGUAUCAAUAAACUGUAUAUUGCUUUGAAUUCAUGUUAGCAAUAAAUGAGGUUAAAAAACUGG